AUGUCUGUUGAUCCAAAUGUAGAUAUACCUGUAUCUGUUCCUAAAGCAGACGAGGAUAGUGUGUCUGUACAUGAAGCAGAGGGGCCAGGGGUGAGUAAAAAUGAAUAUUUACAUGAGGGUGGUUGGCAAAAUGUUGACAACCCUCUGCAUGAGCUAGAGUUUGUACAAAAUGAAAUGCACAGUUUUCAUUUAGAUCAAGAACAUUUAGAGCAUCGACAAUGUACAAUAUGUAAAGAAGCUUGGCCGACACGCCAGAACUUGGCAUCAGAAGUAUUCAUUUGUUACCGGUGUAAAAGAGACAAGAAAUCACCCAAGAAAUUUAGUGCUGACAAUGACAUGGACCCAGGAACAGUUCCUGAACAAUUGAGAGGUUUGACACAGGUAGAAGAAAUGUUAAUUUCAAGGGUUUGUCCCAUUAUGAGAGUGUAUAGAAAACAUGGUGGUCAGAGGGGGUAUAAAGGGAAUGUACUUAACUUACCUCAAGAUAUUCAAAAAUAGGUUGCCUUCUCAUGUGGCAGACUUGCCUGUCUUGAUUGUGCGAAGACAUGGUGCAGAAGACACACAUCGAGACUUUACUGUGCGUCGACACAAAGUUCUCGAGGCUGUGUUAUGGUUAAAGACAAACAAUCCAUUCUUUAAAGAUAUUGAAAUUGAUAGAGAUGUCAUCCAAAGUUUACCAGAAAAUGGUAUUCCUGAUGAGCUAAGGUAUGUCAUUGAUGAAAAUGAGCUUUCAGUUCAUGUUGAAAAUGAGGGGCCUCCCCAAGACCCAGUAAUGAGUGCUAAUGCAAGUGUGGAAGAGUUAGUUUUAGGAAGUGGCAGUACAUCAUUUAUUCCUAUGCGUCAAAGACAGAGAAAAGAAGGUGCGGCUAUCCAAGAUGCAGUAAAUGAGGUUGAUCCGUUAGACUGGCCAUCUACUGAAGGUAAUCUCAUUAAUGAAUUUAAAACAGAUGGUUUAGCUACUAUGGCCUUUCCUACAUUGUUUCCUUAUGGGAAGGGUGACCCAACAAAUAGGGCAAGACAACAUGGUAUAACGUUAACCGAAGCUUUCAAACAUUUAAUGAAGUUUGCAGAGUCGCUUGCAGAUGGUAAGUUUGAAUGGAGGUUUGCUUCUCACCCACGGUUUCCUUAUUGGGCGUUAAAUAUGAAACAACGGCAUCAGCUGUUGUCACAAGCAAACGUUUACUUGCGUCAACAUCCUGCUGAUGCAAACAUGACAAUGGAAGAACUGAAGCAGAUGGUCAAUUCCAUGAGUGCAAAUCAAAUGGUAAAUAGGUUGCAGCGCUAUGUGUCCAAAGUACAAGGUACGAAUCAGUAUUGGUAUCAGUGGCUGCAGGAAUUGCUGGCCCUGAUUGAACAAAAAGGCUGCCCUACUUUUUUCUUUACCUUUAGUGCAGCUGACAUGCAUUGGCCAGACUUACAGAAGCUAUUGCAGAAUGAUGAAGGUGCAAGCAGAUCUGAGCGAGCACAAGCUGUAAUCGACAAUCCCCAUCUGACUGAUUGGUUCUUUAUGCAGCGGCUGCAGGAAUUUGUCAGACAUUGGCUUAAUGGCGUCUUGGAUGCUGAGUGGCACUGGUAUCGAUUUGAGUACCAAGCUGGGGGAAGUAUUCAUUGCCAUGGAUGUGCAAAGUUAAAAAAUUACCCUGAUAUUCGAAAAUUACGUAAUAAAGCAUGUGUUGCAUUCCUAGAGAGUGAGACAACAAGGUACGUAAUGUCACCUGAUGAUUUUGAAUUCCUUUGCGGGGAUGUGAUAAGACAGGGAGAAGAUGCUGAGAAGUUGUUAAUACAGUAAGAAAAAAUAUUUUCCAUAUUAAUGUUUCCAAUGUGUACUGUACAUAGAUCAAGCUAACGGUGCAGAAUCUGUUGUGGGAUAAUUGUUUCAAUAAUAAAAUUUUAUCCUGCAACAGGCCUUCAAAUGCAUGUACCGGCACAAUACCGGAUCAUAAUUAUUGCUGCAGUAGUUACACAAUACCGGACUCGCUUCUCAUAGUGCAGGUCAAAUAUUCAUGUCAACUACUGUAAAAAGCGAAUUUUGUAUUAUGCAUGUAUUAACCACUGCUGCCUAUUUUGGAUAUUUAAUAAUAUGACUACUACUGUAAAUUAAAAGGCAGGAUAAACUACUGUACACAACUUUUGCCUAAAAUUGUCGCAUACAACCUGCUUAUAUGCAUGUAUACAACUUGAGUGUACUGGGUGAACCAGCACACAACUAUGCCUAUGACAACGUAAGUGAGUAAAUGCAAGUUUAAUACAGUGAAUAACAGCGUCAACUUGUGUCCUUGAUAAUUUACACAGUAAAACUCAAGUUGUACAAGCAGGUUGCAUAAGGCAAAAGUUGUGUAGUGUAAAUCUGCCUUAAUACACAAAACACUCACCAAAUAUCCAGCUAAUAAUAUAUGCAGAUAGCCAAUCUCCACAAUUUUGAAAGGUCUUUCGCCCAUCUUUUUGAUUAUUAUGCAUAUUUUAUUAUAUUAUAAUACGGUUAAGUAGUAUUAACGACAUUUACUUUGCUACAUUAAAAUUGAAAAAGUAACAAUAUUUUACAUGUAAACAAAAAUUCCUUAUAAAAUUCCUUAAAAGGUUUCAAUUUUCCUCAAAGGAAUUUUCAAUAAUUUCUGAAGAUUUCAUUGGAAUGUAAGAAAUUACAUAAAUAGAAAGUGGAAAUUUAACUGUGGUCAUACAGGUUUCACAGGAAAAUGUUUCACUCAGUCAAUGGUGUGAUUAAAACUGUUUUAUGACUAAUUCGGUAACAUUUGGCUAAUAGAAAAAGCGCACAUGUUUAAUAAUAAGUUAUGAUUAUUUUAAAGGUAUGUUGACUGGCUGGUGACAACUUUUAAUGAGGAAUUGCCAGAUGAAAACUGGAGGAUACCAGACCCUCACCCAUCUGCUGUUAGCGCUACAACAGUGGAUAAUCGUGACAAUGAUUAUCACAGGUUAGUUAAUACUGUAGAACGACACACUAGAUGCAGUCCAGCAUAUUGUUUGAAACAGAAAAGAGUGGACCUGCUUGCAGAAUGCAGAUUUGGUUUUCCAAAGCCAUUACAGGAAGAAACAGAACUGAGUCUUGAGCUAGUGGUGGGUAAGAAUACUAAGUCUGUUGAGUCUAGUUACACACCAAACGAAAUGAUCAAAGGUUAA